AUGGUCGAGCUGGGCUGCGGCCUCCAGAGCAUCAGACGCAGCACCAUGUCCUUCACAUUAAUCGGCCUGCUGUGUCUUGGUGGUCACAACAAGCCCACCCUGACCGUUAGCCCAGCCCCUGUGGUUGCUCGAGGAGAACGUUUUGGCAUCUGCAUGCUGUAUAAAGAGAAGAAAAUCCAGGUCUUUUUGCAUGUGAUUGAAAAACUCCAUGGCAAGAUCUCUCAAGCUGACUUCUCCUUGCAUGUGGCAACAUCUGUCCUUGCAGGGACAAUCAAUAACAUUUUAAAACGUCAUGAGUACUUCUCCAUCACCCACAAGCACGUUUUCAUCACCGACAGAACCAAGCUACCAAGCUGCUACAUCUAUGGCAGCGACACCCAUGGCCAAACUACAGACCUGAUACUUUCGCCGAUUCUGAUUGGACCCUCAGUGGUCACCAUCAUCCUGGUCCUCCUCAUUUGCUUCCUCAUUCGUCGCUGCUGUCGUGCAAAAAAGGAUGCCACUAUGCUCAGCAGAGAGCCUGACGUGGACACCACGGUGAGUGGGAAGGUACCUGAAGAAGACCCACAGGAGGUGACUUACACAGAGCUGAGACACUGGACUCCCAAGAAGAAAAAUAUCACUCCCACCCCCCAGAGGUCAGAGGCCCCCUCAACUAAUACCCACGUGUACAUGCAAGUGGCUGUACGCUAA